AUGCGUCUCCACCUUGUCAUCUCGCGACAUGGCCUACCGGUCACGCGCAUUCUCUGGACGACAACUUCGUCUACUUCUGUGCUAGGCGAAUAUGGGACUCAGCGCCCAGCAUCAAGCGCAGCUGUCGCAUCGUCUCGCACCCCGAACAUUGCCUUCUCGAAUGGUGGUUAUACGGUCGCACAACUCCUCGAGGACGUGAACGAAGUUGUGCCGCUGGAAACCGAACCCAGCGUCUUUGAUGCGGAGUUCAGUGGCCAGUGGGGAUUAGAAGAUUAUGUUGUCGAAGUGGCUGGGUCGGAAUGUCUCCAUUUUAUGGAGGUUGAUGGCUUGCUCCGAGAUGGAGAUGAACUCGUCAUCCGUGCCCUUCAAUUGGCAGACCUUCGGGCCAGAAGGCUGUGUGGUCGCCACCAAAUUACUGCCGAUGGCAAGCAUCUGAUUGACGGCGUGCCUUUCGGGUUACCAUUCUUGAAAAGAACUACUUCCACACGACCUGCAAUUACCAUACCUCCAAGGAAGAAACGGCGCACGGUUUUUUCUGGCUGGGAGCACGCUCCAGAGUAUGUAACUGAGGGAGUCCACGCCGAUGAAGAAGGUGAUGGAGACUGGCUUCCGCCUCCUAACACCGGAUUUGGAAAGGAGCUUUCUGUUAUGCCGGCCGAGCAUGAAGAGUCCCUAGGCACAGUCAUUCGUCAUCCUGUUGACCGCACCGCGGAAUCCGACAGUGAAGCAGAUAUGUCCGAGAUGCCCGAAAUUCGAGAAGAUGAAUUGGAGAGCGAACUCCAAGCGCUCAAAGAGGACUUUGAAGAGGCUUCUCAAUUUGUUGAUAUCAGGAACCAGACUCGGAAUGCCAGUGGACACCCAUUACGUGCCACCUCGAUAGCCAAGCGACCAACUUCCAAGGGAUCACUUGCAGCUGCCUCGUCUCUUUCGAGCAAGCGGUCUCGCGCAGACGACUCAUCUCCCCGGACCUCAAAGGCUGUGAGAUUUAACAAUGGAGAUGAGCAGGAGGAUGAGGAUAUGCCUGAUCUCCCACAAUUUCCACAGGCCCCACAGGUGGAGGGAAGUGCUGCUGUAUCUUCCGAUUCCGAUUCAUCCGAGUCAUCUACGUCUUCUUCAGACAGCGAUUCUGAUGAUGAUUCUGAUUCUGAUUCAUCUUCGAGCUCCGAAGACUCGGAUUCAUCAGACUCAGAAGAGGAAGAGGAAGCCGCCCCACCUGUCGAGAAGGUCCAACAACCGGUUUCUGUGGGCCCUCCUGGUGAAGGGUCCAUCCGUACCAAAAAGAGCAACAACCGCAUCAAACUACGCCGCCGUCUAUCCAAGCUCAAGCAGCUAGGCGCUCUCCCCCAACAAGCAGGUUUUGAUGCAUUGCGGGCGUGGGAAGACAGCCAUGGAGGCUGGCAUACUCCGGAACAAUAUCUUGACCCGAAUCCGUUCGUGAAACCCCAACCACCUGUGGAACAGGAACAAGAAUCUGCCGAAUCUUCCAGCAAGAAGCAAAAGCGAGAAAAGAAAGAACAAGACAAGAAAGAGUUCGAAGCAAGGCGCGAGAAACUGCUUCGCGAUCUUGCCUCGGGUAAUGGUGUUGAUGUGAGCGAGACAUCGGAGAAAGAAAAUGUCCCGCCCGCUGCAUCUGCCGUUGGACAGCCCUCUGUUUCAGAAGAAGUGCUCGGUGAGGGUCAGAUGGAGCAGGAACGUUCGAACCGACGUACCCUGGACGUAGCUAGCUCACGACGCAUGCUGUUUGGAUCGCUAGGAAUGCGAACCCCGAAGACCAAGGAAGAGGAAGAAGAAGCACGAAGAAGGCUUGCUGCUAAAGCUAGUGCAGGUGGACGCCGAAACAAACCUACGCAAGACGUUCAAGACGAUGCCGACCAGAUGCAAGAGGAUGAAGAUGCAUCCGACAUUGAUUGGCAAAACAAGCUUGUCAUCCGUGCCGUCGAGUGUCUCUAUCCCCAAGUUGAUAUGACUGCGCCUCCUUAUCCUUUUGUUCAACGUUGGGAUCAAGAAGCCAAUGCAUUGAUUCGUGAGCUCAAAGGCCCCAGUAAAAAGCGGAAGAGAAAGCAGCGUGUUCAGGUCUAUGAAGGACAUGCGGAGCAGGAGGAAUACGAUGAAAAUGGAAAUUACUACGGCUAUGAUGAUCAAUACCAAGGCGCAGAUGACCAAGCCAAUUAUGAGGGUCAUUGGGAAGGCGAAGCUGCUCCCUACUAUGAAGGCCACUAUGCAGGCGAAGCUGAAGGUGAUCAGAUGGAUUAUGACGAUGCCCCUGAACCUGAACAACCACCCAAUCCUACCUUCGAUGACCUGCCUUCGAUUCCUGCCGACCUGAGUUCUGUUCCUGAUUUGACUGAGAGCGAGGUAAAGGUCGGUGCAAUCAUUGCAUUCCGGCAGCUAGACAUGUCCAAAGCCACAAACUGGCAGCCUCAAAUGUCUGAGUACCGAGUAGCUGAGGUGCGCUCUAUUAAAGACCAUGUGUUAAUUAAUGUACUGCUGGCCAAGCGGGACCGAAAGCCUCCGUCAACAUCCAGCGAGUAUGACGAGCCCCGUCAAUUCAGCAAGUUUGAAGUACCAGACCUAGCCAACGAUGAGGGAGAGGAUGACGGCUAUCGCGAGCUUGCCUUUGCGGAACUUAGCGAUCCGAAGCUUCUCCAGCCUGCAGCACAUUCGGGUGCCAAAUCUGAGGAUCAGAACAAUACUCGAGAAGGUAGCAUUGUGUCUGUAGUUCAGGAAACCGUACCGAAUGCCCAACCAGCUCUUUCCGAGGAAAUAUAUCUUGACGACACAACCUUUGUCACCAUCGGAAAUGAAGUCACUCAUCUCGGGUCCCCUCGCGAAUCCCCGGGAAUGCCCGAUGAACCUAUCCAACAAACCCCUGGCAGAGGCCUGCCGCAGAUCCAGGUCCAAAGUGGAUCUGAUGAGCGCAGUAUUACUACUCCGAUCCCGUCGCCUUCGUUCACCGGGUUUCACUCUGCUCGAUCCUGGCAGCAAAUGACCCCUGGUGCUGAGCUCAGCCGCGAGCUUGAAGGCCAUACCCUCAUCGGAGGGGAAACUCCAUCUGCUUUAGUCAACCGGGACGAGGAACCCUCCGCGUUGUCAUACACAUCUGCAAAUCAAUCCUUCGCGGAUGAUCCUGAGGAUGAAGAGAUGUCUGGGCAUCAAGAACAUGAGCGUCAGGUUGUUAACGAAAAUCCUGUGCCGCUUUGUGAUUCGGGGGACAACGGCCCUCAGUCUGGCUCACUUCUGUCCACUAUCGACCAUAGCGGUAAUGAUGGCGGUUCCGAUUCUGGUUCUCUAUUUGUAAAAAGAGAUACGAGGAGUGAAAAGAACAAUGCAGCUCCUGCCAGCUCUUCUGAAUCGUGGAGAGAUCUUUUGAACAGACUAAGAAAUGGGCCAUCGGAGCCAGGCGAGUCACUCGUCACCAGUGAAGAGAACAACAGCGAAGGCAACAUCAGUGAAGACAGCAGUAGCGAAGACAAUAACAGUAAAGCCAACAACAGCGAAGACAAUAUCAGUGAAGGCAAUCAAAGCCCAGAGCGGUUGGAAGACAGUGUGCAGCACUCCUACCUGGACCUCAAUUUCUCACCACUUGACUCCCCACGGGCAUUCACCUCGCGAUCGCACAGCCCACCAAUAAGUGCCCAAGGGGAUACCAAGUUUAAAAAACAAACCUCAUUCCCUUCACCACUUGAAACGGAAUCUCCCGCCGCACCUACUCGCUUCAAACUCUCCCGGCGGGUGGUUGAAUCCGAACCCACCUCCCAAAUCCCCGCUUCCCAGGCAUCCGAAGUGAUUGACCUCACUUCCAGCCCGCGUGGAUCCCCCGAACCCAGCACCUCCAAUCCAAACCCAUCUCAGCGCUCCAAAUCUGCACUGUACGGGGGUUCACGAAGUGAGGAUAUCCCUCGCUCGUCUGGGCAUCCACCCCGAGCUUCUGAGGGAAGACUCCAACGCAUGGUAGAAGUGAAUAUCAGUCCUUCCAGUCAGAAGAAGAAGCGCUCGUCACGAAAGUUCUGA